AUGUUCACUCUCGGCCUGGCUCCCUUAAUCGCACAUAUUUUGUCCGGAGCGCCCCAGCCGUCGUACUUGACGAAUAGUCGACCGAAAUGGCAUGACGUGUUAUGUCACUACAACCCGGCAUCGAUUCUGUGGCGCUACGCCGCCAUUGCCGACAGACGUAUUCGAUCUCCGACGUGGAACUCCGCUGAUAUGGCUGUCGCGAACGCCAUAUUCUGGACUCAAAAUGGAUGGGACGGACAGGAGUCUAUGCUUGGACGUGCCCUGCCACACGCCUCACGGCUGCCGGACCAACCAACAGUCAAGUUACUAUCAUUGGAGAUGCUGAAAACUAUCAUUGUGUUUCUUCAGGGUGUUCAAGCGAUUACUUCUAUCCUUGGAAACUUCACAUCUUUCGGGGAUUAUACCACAAUGGAUACGGUUAGCGGCUUGUUUAUACCACUGGGUGCUAGUGGUCUUGCUAGAUUGUGGGCUGCGCAAUGGCUUACAGACGACUUCGCGUUCAUAGCCUCGGAUGACGUCGCUAUGCGACCUGGUCCAUACUCUGAGAAGGGUUAUGACCUCAGGGUGUCCGUUGACAGUCUAGUCUAUGACCCUGAUAGCAUGUGCUUGACGCCCAAAGCUACCUACCGUAUUUGGCGGAGUAGGAUAUUCAGGGCACUCUAUAUGGUGCCUGUUCUCAGCUGUUUCGCUCUCGACAUAUUGUUCCUUUCCCCAUGGAUCGGCACCUUCGGUCGGAAGGGGGUGUUCACAGUUUCGUCCUGGCUGAUGGGCUUCUACUACAUGACCAUCUUGGCGCCUACAACGCUUAUUCUGGGAAUAUACUUUACUCGAGGACCGCUACGCACGACCAUUAUUCCUUGUAUGUCGACGGUAUGGUAUAAGGCGUAUUGUCUGUUCUUGACCUUUUUCACGGUGGUGUUGAUUGCGGUGGCUGCUAUCGAAACCAGGAAAACGUUCUGCGGCAAAUAUACAACUUUACCACCGGAAUUUGAUCAUCCAUGUGCCAUUGGUCAGCAGCGGAUAAUCAUACUCGACUCUACUACCAACGGUCCGUUUGGGUUUGCGCAGGGCUUAGAGGCGGGCGGCCUGUUUGAGGUCGCGAACUUUACAGGUACCUGCCUAGGCAUUCCAGAUCCAGCAUCUCUAUGGCGGAACGCAACCAUCGCUAGUUGA